UGCUGCUGUGUACCACUGAGGUGGAGAGACGCCUGCUCGCGACGAAAGCCAGACAAGCGUUGCAAUAAGCUUGCAGGGACCGAGAGCCUUGCAUGCAAAGGAGUGCGUACGUCCUUUGCUUUGGUUUUUGUUUUUUUGGCUGGGUGUAGGAGAGGAGGAGGAUGGCCUCAAAUACAGGGACGGAUGUGUCCAAGUAUGAGACAGAGGAGGGGCUGAAGGAAGUGGCUGCGUUCCUGAGGGGGAGGAACGGGAUGCCCCUGCGGCCAGCGAUUGAGGUGGACAAGCGCGUGGAGUAUUUCAAGGGGGAAAAGUUGGUGAAUUUUCUGGUGACCAACACCAAGAAGGGGCGGCCGGCGAUCAAGACUGAGGAGGAGGCUAUUCGGGUUUGCAAAGCUCUCCUUCGCCAUGAGUACUUUCACCGCUCGGAGAAGGUCAAGGGGGGGGGGGCAGGGGAGCGCCAUCUCGAGGUGAGCGGCAACAACCAGUUCGACCCGGCCGGUUACUUCACGUGGAUUUUCCUGGGGUCCCAGCGUCUGAGCCACUUGUUCACCGCCCUCAUCAUCAUCGGAUUCCUGCUCAUCACGUGCUUCCCCAUCUGGCCACGCAUCCUCAAGGUGUGGAUGUGGUACCUCUCUGUGACGUUGCUGGUGAUCAUGGUGACCUUCCUCACCAUCCGGUGUCUUCUCUUCUUCUUCGCGUGGAUCGCUGGGUACGAGUUCUGGGUUCUGCCCCGACUCUUCGACGAAACACUUGCCUUUGCCGAGUCCUUCACUCCGGUGUGGACCUUCGAGAAGGGGUCGAGCGGGCAGGGGUACUACCGCGUCGUGGCCGUGGGGGGAGUCAUCGCCUUCGUCAUAUGGGCGUACAACCAGCCCACCGACUUCGAUACCUUCAUCAGCGCCCAGUCGGACUUCAUGUCGGAUCUCUACGCGGGGAAGCUGCUCUCCGAUGUUUCGGAGAAAUCCAAGCAAGACAUCGACAAGCCCAAGGUGCCGUCAUUGGAGGACAUCCUCAAGGAGUUAGACGAGGAGGACGAGCUGUCGGAUGAGGAACAGGAGGCGGAACGGCGCAUGGAGGAGCUUCUCGCGGGCGAAUUGGACGAGGAUGAACGAUAUGAGGAGGAAGAGGAGGAGGAAGAAGACGAAGAUGAUGAAAAGGCUGCCCCGGAGCAUGAAGACAAGCCGCCACAAGGAGGCGGCGGGGAGCUGUGA